AUGGAGCCCAUCAAUACAACCACCUUGUUGAACGCUUCCAACCUAGAGCCAGGCCGCUGCGACAGGAACUGCAGGAUGAUUCUCAUGACGCUCUACGGCGCGGUUUUGCUGGGAGGCACUGCAGGGGCUAUUACGAUGUCUUGUAUGAUGCUCAAAAGGAAUAGCCAAUCAGUGGUUGCCAUGAUCGUUCUCAAUAUCAUGGUGCUACACUCCAUCCUCCUGGUCAGCCUUCCCUUCCGCCUCAGCUAUUAUGUCUUAGUCGUCUGGGAGUUUGGAUCCUUCACCUGCCGAUUGGUUAGCAGUAUAAUAUACGGUCAUAUGUACUUCACCUUUUUUUUCUAUGUGGCGAUCGUCAUACUCCGAUUGCUCAUGUAUUUUAAGAAGCUCCAAAUGCAGCAGUUCCAAAAGUACCACGUGGUGGUUUUAAGCAUCAUUAUUUGGAUGGUGGGUGCCGUCAUUUUUUUGCCUAUAUUUUUUUUACAAUAUGGCACCAAUCCAAGUUACCCAGAACAACGAUGCUUUGAGUUCUACAAAGACCUCAACCGCAGGGAAUUCAUUAUCUUGAACUACUCUAUGAUCAUCAUUAUGAUGACAACGGUUGUGACCCUCUUUCUGAUACAGAUGGGGGUCAUCGCUCAACUGGUAAAGGCUCUUUGGCCCGACAUGUGGGCCCAUCAAGAAUACAGAGCUCAGAUCAAGAGCUGCUUCUUCCUCCUCGUAAUAGUGGUCUGCUUUAUACCUCACCAUGCCUUCCGGGUACACUUCAUUCAACAUUAUUCAGAGAUAGAAAAUUCUGAGUUAGUUCUUUAUAACGAAAUUUUUGUUGCUUUAACUACUGCCUGUUGCCUGGAUAUGCUGUGUUUCGUGGGUGGUGUUAUCCACUAA